GGCGGCGGAGCAGCAGAGCGCGCGGGCCCGCGCCUCAGCCCGGGUCGCCCUCCCCGCGACCCCCGUCCUCGGCGCCCCCGGACGCGCUCCCGCGGGGCCCCGUGGGGCCGGCCGUCCCCGAGCGCCCGCGGCCGCGCGACCCCGGCCCGCGCGGCCCCCCGGAGCCUCCCAGCGCACGCGGAAGUGGUCAGUCCUGAACGGGCCUUUGCAAAGUGGAAAAGAAAAUUCAGUCUGCUCUGGAGGGACAUUGGACAGCCGAAUAAAUGCAGUAUCUAAAUAUAAAAGAGGAUUGCAAUGCCAUGGCGUUCUGUGCGAAAAUGAGGAGCUCCAAGAAGACGGAGGUGAGCCUGGAGGCGCCCGAGCCCGGGGUGGAGGUGUUCUUCUACCUGCCCGACCGGGAGCCCCUCCGGCUGCGUAGCGGCGAGUACACGGCCGAGGAACUGUGCAUCAAGGCGGCGCAGACGUGCAGUAUUUCUCCUCUGUGUCACAACCUCUUCGCUUUGUACGACGACAACACGAAGCUCUGGUAUGCCCCAAAUCACACCAUCACUGUCGACGACAAAACGUGGCUUCCGCUGCACUACCGGAUGAGGUUUUAUUUCACCAACUGGCACGGCACCAACGACAACGAGCAGUCAGUCUGGCGACAUUCUCCAAAGAAGCAGAAGAACGGCUACGAGAAGAAAAAAGUCCCCGAGGCCACCCCUCUGCUGGACGCCAGCUCCCUGGAGUACCUGUUUGCCCAGGGACAGUACGAUCUGGUCAAGUGCCUGGCUCCCAUCCGCGACCCUAAGACUGAGCAGGAUGGACAUGACAUCGAGAACGAGUGUCUGGGAAUGGCCGUCCUGGCCAUCUCCCACUACGCCAUGAUGAAGAAGAUGCAGCUGCCAGAGCUGCCCAAGGACAUCAGCUACAAGAGGUAUAUCCCGGAGACACUGAACAAGUCCAUCAGACAGAGGAACCUGCUCACCAGGAUGCGGAUAAAUAAUGUCUUCAAGGAUUUCCUAAAGGAAUUUAACAACAAGACCAUCUGCGACAGCAGCGUGUCCACACAUGACCUGAAGGUGAAGUACCUGGCCACCCUGGAGACGCUAACGAAGCAUUUCGGAGCGGAAAUAUUUGAGACUUCCAUGUUACUGAUCUCAGCUGAAAAUGAGAUGAAUCGGUUUCAUCCAAACGACGGUGGGAUUGUUCUCUGCUAUGAAGUGAUGGUGACAGGCAAUCUUGGCAUCCAGUGGAGGCAGAAACAAAACGUGGUUCCUGUCGAAAAGGAAAAAAAUAAACUGAAACGUAAAAAACUGGACAGUAAACACAAGAAGGAUGAGGAGAAAAGCAAGAUCCGGGAGGAGUGGAACAACUUCUGCUAUUUCCCUGAGAUCACCCACAUUGUCAUCAAGGAGUCCCUGGUCAGCAUCAAUAAGCAGGACAACAGAAAAAUGGAGCUGAAGCUGUCUUCCCACGAGGAGGCCUUGUCCUUCGUGUCCCUGGUGGAUGGCUACUUCCGGCUCACGGCAGACGCCCACCAUUACCUGUGCACCGACGUGGCCCCCCCGCUGAUCGUGCACAACAUCGAGAACGGCUGCCACGGCCCCAUCUGCACGGAGUACGCCAUCAACAAGCUGCGCCAGGAGGGCAGCGAGGAGGGCAUGUACGUGCUGCGCUGGAGCUGCACAGACUUCGACAACAUCCUCAUGACCGUCACGUGCUUCGAGAAGUCCGAGGUGCUGGGCAGCCAGAAGCAGUUCAAGAACUUUCAGAUUGAGGUGAAGAAGGGCUGCUACAGCCUGCACGGCUCGGAGAGCAGCUUCCCCAGCCUGGGCGAGCUCAUGGGCCACCUCAAGAAGCAGAUCCUGCGCACGGACAACAUCAGCUUCGUGCUGAAGCGCUGCUGCCAGCCCAAGCCCCGAGAAAUCUCCAACCUGCUGGUGGCCACCAAGAAAGCGCAGGAGUGGCAGCACUGCUCCUGCAUGAGCCAGCUGAGCUUCGACCGGAUCCUCAAGAAGGACAUUGUGCAGGGUGAGCACCUGGGCCGAGGCACGCGCACACACAUCUACUCGGGCACACUGGUGGACUACCGGGACGACGAGGGCACGGCCGAGGAGAAGAGGAUCAAAGUGAUCCUCAAAGUCCUGGACCCCAGCCACAGGGACAUCUCUCUGGCCUUCUUCGAGGCGGCCAGCAUGAUGCGCCAGGUCUCCCACAAGCACAUCGUGUACCUCUAUGGCGUCUGCGUCCGGGACUUGGAGAACAUCAUGGUGGAGGAGUUCGUGGAGGGCGGCCCCCUGGACCUCUUCAUGCACCGGAAGAGCGACGUCCUCACCACGCCGUGGAAGUUCAAAGUGGCCAAGCAGCUGGCCAGUGCCCUGAGUUACUUGGAGGACAAGGACCUCGUCCACGGGAACGUGUGCACCAAGAACCUCCUCCUGGCCCGGGAGGGCAUCGACAGCGAGUGCGGCCCCUUCAUCAAGCUCAGCGACCCCGGCAUCCCCAUCACGGUGCUGUCCAGGCAAGAGUGCAUAGAGCGGAUCCCGUGGAUUGCUCCCGAGUGCGUGGAGGACUCCAAGAACUUGAGCGUGGCUGCCGAUAAGUGGAGCUUUGGCACCACCCUCUGGGAAAUCUGCUACAACGGCGAGAUCCCCCUGAAGGAUAAGACCCUGAUCGAGAAGGAAAGAUUCUACGAGAGCCGGUGCAGGCCCGUGACCCCGUCUUGCAAGGAGCUGGCUGACCUCAUGACCCGCUGCAUGAACUACGACCCCAACCAGCGGCCCUUCUUCCGGGCCAUCAUGCGAGACAUCAACAAGCUGGAGGAGCAGAACCCCGACAUCGUUUCCGAGAAAAAGCCAGCCGCCGAGGUGGAUCCCACGCACUUUGAGAAGCGGUUCCUAAAGCGGAUCCGGGACCUGGGAGAGGGCCACUUUGGGAAGGUGGAGCUCUGCAGGUACGACCCUGAGGGCGACAACACCGGAGAGCAGGUGGCUGUGAAGUCCCUGAAGCCCGAGAGCGGCGGCAACCACAUCGCCGACCUCAAGAAGGAGAUCGAGAUCCUCCGGAACCUCUACCACGAGAACAUCGUCAAGUACAAGGGCAUCUGCACAGAGGACGGGGGCAAUGGAAUCAAGCUCAUCAUGGAGUUUCUGCCUUCUGGAAGCCUUAAGGAGUAUCUUCCGAAGAACAAGAACAAAAUCAACCUCAAGCAACAGCUAAAAUACGCCGUGCAGAUCUGUAAGGGCAUGGACUACCUGGGCUCCCGGCAGUACGUGCACCGGGACCUGGCGGCCAGGAACGUGCUGGUGGAGAGUGAGCACCAGGUGAAGAUCGGAGACUUCGGGCUGACGAAAGCCAUCGAGACCGACAAGGAGUAUUACACGGUCAAGGAUGACCGAGACAGCCCUGUGUUCUGGUACGCCCCGGAGUGUCUGAUCCAGUGCAAGUUCUACAUCGCCUCUGACGUGUGGUCCUUCGGCGUGACGCUGCACGAGCUGCUCACCUACUGUGACUCGGACUCCAGCCCCAUGGCGUUGUUCCUGAAAAUGAUCGGCCCGACUCACGGCCAGAUGACAGUGACGAGACUUGUGAAUACACUGAAAGAGGGAAAGCGCUUGCCCUGCCCACGGAACUGCCCUGAUGAGGUGUAUCAACUCAUGAGAAAAUGCUGGGAGUUCCGGCCAUCUAGUCGGACCACCUUUCAGAACCUCAUUGAAGGAUUUGAAGCACUUUUAAAAUAAGCAUGAAUGACAUUUAAAUUCCUCCUGUAUCAAGUCCCACUGUCCCCAGCAAACACCCAUGCCAUUUAAAGAAUUUUUUUUUAAUGAAAGUUUGUAGUCUGUGUGAAAAAGACCUUAGGUAUGUGUAUCUAUGUCCAGGGCACAUGUGGUGCUUGGUAAGUGUAGUUCCUCCGUAUUUAAAUUCGGCGCCCACCGUCCUAGGGACAGCCCAAAUAUUACGAAGUCUGAGCUUAAGCAAGCCCUCCCACAGGAAGAGACCGUCUGUCCGUCAUCACAGUUGGAACUGACCCAGGUCUCGAGGGGAACCUCCCCCCACUCUGGGGAGAGGCGCGAAAGGUAGCCUCGGCCGCCGUGCUCAUGUCGGCGGUGUCCCUCUCCAGGAUGCGUGUACUCCUGUCACCGCGAGGACUUGGCGUUCCUUCCCGUGGCUUAGCUCCUGUCGCCGUGGGUGACCUGUGGUACCUAGGUUUUGAGCUGUCCCAGAGUGGCCAACUGUGGAAGACUUUGCUGCAUGAUAUUAAUUCCUGAGAGCUCAGCCUGUGCUUUCCUCAGCGGCCACGGACUGGGAGCCGGGACGCUCGGCUCCCGCGGGAGCACGGCAGGAGCCCCGCCGCCCCGGGGCACGCCGCGGGAGCACGGCCGCGGAUGCCGCCUGCAGCCCCUCGGAAUGCACUGUGCGCCCGGGGCUUUCGGGCCUUCCCUCGCCCCGCGAGAGCCGACCAGUAUUCUGGCCGUCGUCCCCUAGCAUAAACCUUGACGGAAGAGGCACCACGGAGACCCGGCCCCCCAGACGGCCGGUCGGAGGGAGCCGGGUGAGCGGCGGUCUCCGAGCACGAGGCUGAGAGACUUCCUUGCAUCCGUCGGAUGUGGCAGGAGCGUUGUGGAUGGAUUCCGUGUGCACCCGCCCAGUCGCCCUCCCUCCGUCACCGAGGUCUCCGUCCUACCUGUGGCCACUCUCUAUGCACUUUGUUUACUCUUUAUACAAAUAAACAUGCCAGAAACGUCACAUGCAGAUGCCUUUUAAUAGUCAGACUUCAUUCUCAAGCAUGUAACACAGUUGAUUUCUAUAGAAAAAUAACUGUAGACUGUGUGUGUUGCUGGGGGCGGGGAAUGGGCCUUUUUCUCAGUGUCAGUUUCUAGCCAGGGAGAAAGGCCACACACAGGCCUCUGUCCUCACCCCGGGUCUCCUGCUGCGUAUAGGCGCAGAGGAGUGACUGACGCACCCGGGAAGGGAUGGGGGGGUGGGGAUUGGGCCCGGUGGAAUGCCUGGGCCUCAGCCCGCAUGUGGGGGCCGUGUCCUGACAGCCACAGGCUUUCAGGGCUCUGAGGCACCUGUCUAGCCAGCCUCUUCCCUGUGACGCCAAGAGAUGCAACAGGAUAGACCACGGAACAUUCUUUACAAAUCAAAUGUGUAGCAGACACAAAAUUAAGCUCUGAUUAAGACAAAAGAGACAACAGGAGACACAUCAUCUCAUAAUCAAAAAGAAUUGCCCCAAAUUGCAAUACUUAAUGACAUUGACUUUUAAGACUAGGAUCAUGAAGAAACCACCCCCCCUCCC